AGUUAAAACGGAAUUUUUCGAGGAGGGGGAACUCGUAGCGGACUUUUAAAGGGAGUUUCGAAGCGUGCGGCUGGCACAAGUCGACGAGAAAUUUGCGAACGAUCAACGAUCACAAGCUUCAGCAGUUAAAAGUAAAAAGGUUAUUGGGAAAAUGUUAUUAAUUCGGACGUGCCUGGUAGUUUUAUUGGGAAUCGCAUUGGUCGAAGCUCUUCCAGCUGCAAAAGCAACGUCAAAGCCCCCGAGUAAAUCGGCAUCAAAGGCGAGACCGUUGAGUUCAAAGAGCAAGAGUCUCGUGGCCGAGGAGAAGAAGAUCGGCGCUCGUAGAGCGUCGAAAAUCGCGGUCGAGAAUGCUGAGAAGCCGAAGGAAGGCAACCGGAAGAAAAAAUCGACGACUUUUUGCGUCGAGAUUCGUCCCGAUCUGACUGACAAAGUUUGCGACCCAACACCAGGCACCAUAAUCCACGAGCAUCACCAGUACCCAUCGAAUCCCCAGCCAAUCAACGUGAUCGUUCCGAACAUCCCGGCUCCACCGAACGACCCGCCGGGCAGCAAGCCUGAUGUUCCGUGCCAUUCGCCUCCCGCACCAGCUCCACCGGCGAAUCCUAGCCCGGUCAACGUCGGACCACCUUUCUAUCCGGCGCCAGAGACGAAUCCAGGCUUCCCUGGGAUUCUCAUAAAUCCUCAGCCACAGCAUCCGAUAAGUAUUCAACCUUCUCCGCCCGCGGCUCCGACCACGGUAAUUCUUCAACCGCAACCAACCAUCGGUUGCAUCACGUCCUCGUACGGUCCCUGUCCACCCUCGCUCUAUCCUUCGAUCUACCCUUCCAACUCCCAACCUGCUCCGACUGGCAAUGGGAAAAUAUAUUUUGGUGACGUAUUGCUGAGAGCGAGCAACGACGAAGAACCGUCCAGUGCUCCACCCAAUUUUCAGCCUCCGGUGCCUGUCAACCCCGAGACCCAAUCGGUCGUGGUAGAAAAUCCGGAAAUUCCUGUGCAGGCGCGAACUGUCGGGCAACAGUACGGUUACGUAAUACCAGUCCCGGUUCAACGGUCCUACGAGACGUACAUCAGUCCUCAGAAUAACCGGCAACAAAUUCCAGAACCAUGUUCCGGACCCGCAGCUUCCAACGGACUUGCUGGACUUGCCGGUGCUUCCAGGAUGGAGACUCCGGUGCCUCCAUCAGGUCCUGUGAUUCCACCGCCCUUGAUUACGGAAUCACUCCCAGUAGGACCUCCCGCGUACCUGCCAUCACCCGCAAUGCAGACCUUGUUGUCUGAUCUGUCAAACUUCCGGAUAUUCCGGAAUUCUCCAAACCUCGGAGAUUCCGGGGGUUAUCAAACCUUGUUCCGCAGUUACGAGCCUAAUCAAGGACCGGGCGGACUCCCGAUACCCGUCGACCACAAUUCGAACGCUCAACAGAUCCGUUUGCAAAGGCAGCAAACGGAGGAAUCGGAGGUCAAGGAGAACGAGGAAAAAACAACGAGCACGCCCGAGCCCGUCAACUUUGGUCGUUUGAUCAAUCAGAUGAGAGCAAGCAAAGAACUGUGGAGCCGGGGUCCACCGAUGCAAACAUUUCCCUUAGAGAAAACCGACCAGAUUCAGCAGUUGCGCACUGACGCAGCUCUAGUCAACGUAAAUCGACUACCUUCGGCCAGUUCGAGCGAUACGAGCGAGGACCAAUCGGUCGUAUCGAACCUCAAAAAAAUUGGACAAAAAGAAGUUGCGUCUACGCUUAACACGGGUGAAGACGAACAGACAUAAACAGAGGUUUUAGUUCUUAUAAGAAUUCCAUUUUCUAUCGCAUUCUUUUUUUAUAAUACUGCCAAGAAAAUUGUUCUUGCUUCGUUUUUUAUGUUGCUUUUUUAACAAAAAAUAAACGAGAGAAAAGAA